AUGUCAAUGACUGAGAUAGAUGCCAUGGUAAAGGAGUUAGGGUACGAAGUUAAGCUGAGUGAGGAUGCAGAUGUCUUAGACAUGCUAGUAUUUGUACAAGACACUAGGUUGAUAAAUAUAGUCCUAGAACAUAUCUUGGCAUGCAGUCAAGAGCAGUUUUACAGUCAAGUGGUUUCAAACAUAUUUAUAAAUUUGGAUGAUGAUUUUGGGACCAACACUAGGGUAGCGAUUGAAGAGCUUGAUGACAAUUAUGGUGCCAUUGUUCCAGUGGGUCGGGGAGUAUCUCAUGUGGAAAAGUUGAAUGAAGAGUUAAAUGAAGAAGGGUUGAAUCAAGAAGCCGGUGGACAAGGCAAAGAGUUGAAUGAAGAAGGGUUGACUCAGAUGGGUUGA